AAAAUUUGUGUCUUUUCAAAAUUCAAUUAUAUAGCUGACUAUAAUAUGUUAACAUCCCAUGUUCUUCUCACGUUUGGAUUUAGGUUUGUGUCUGUGGUUAUCCUUCAACUUUAAGGGCUAUUAUUACACCUCUGCUUCCACCUGAAUUGUCUUAUCAACUAACUAGAUUGCAGAGUAUUGCAGUAAUAUAUACACAGGACCAUUAUGAGUUGUGGCUGCUUUGGAGCCUCCACUAUAAAGAAGAAAAGAAGUCUUUCUUAUAUUCCCAAAGAAAUUGAUGGCUAUCCGCUAGGUAAUAUUAGGCAUUUCUCUGAUAAAGAACUGAGAUUGGCAACCGAUAAUUAUCAUUUAAGACAUAAGAUAGGACGAGGAGGUUUUGGAACUGUUUACCAGGGAACCUUAAAAGAUGGAAGGCAGGUAGCAGUGAAGACCCUUUCAGUUGGGUCAAAGCAAGGAUUUCGUGAAUUUUUGGCUGAAAUCAACACUUUGUCAAAUGUUAAACAUCCAAAUCUUGUUGAAUUGAUUGGAUUCUGCAUUCAAGGACCUAGCCGUACAUUAGUCUACGAGUAUGUGGAAAAUGGAAGCGUUGAUAGUGCAUUACUUGGCAAAAAGAAUAAAAACAUCAAACUAGACUGGAGAAAAAGAUCUACUAUUUGUGUGGGAACUGCUAAGGCUCUUGCAUUUCUUCAUGAAGAACUUGCACCACAUAUUGUGCACAGAGACAUCAAAGCUAGUAAUGUACUACUUGACAGAGACUUUAAUCCCAAAAUAGGUGAUUUUGGGUUGGCUAAAUUAUUUCCAGAUGACAUCAGUCACAUUAGCACAAGAAUUGCUGGAACAACUGGUUACUUAGCACCGGAAUAUGCAUUUGGUGGCCAGUUAACCAUGAAGGCUGAUGUAUAUAGCUUUGGGGUUCUUAUACUUGAAAUUAUUAGUGCCAAAAGAAGCACGAGGACAAACAUGGGAAUGCCAGACCAAUUCCUAUUAGAAUGGGCCUGGCAACUUUAUGAAGAGGAGAAAUUGUUGGAGCUUGUGGAUUCAGACAUGGAAAAUUUUCAUGUGAAAGAGGUGAUUAGGUACAUGAAGGUUGCUCUUUUCUGCACACAGUCAACAGCAAGCAGAAGGCCAUUGAUGACUCAGGUAGUUGAUAUGCUCACCAAGGAAAUUCAGCUCAACGAGAAACAACUUACAGCACCAGGAUUUUUCACUGAUGCAGGAGAAUCCCAGAAUAGCUCUACUAAAGUUAGUAUUACUCAGGUGACACCACGGUGAUGCCUAAAUAAUUUCUUAUGUCAAUUCCAGAGUUGCAAAGGGAGACCAAAAAAAAAAGUAGGUUUUGUUUUCUUAAAAGUUAAUAGAUUUAGAUAAUCUAUUUUGUUUCAUUUUUUUUUUCCAAAGAAUAUAACGUAGCAUGAAUGAUGAAAACAUCCACAUGCUAGUGCAUGUUGAAAAUGUUUAUUUCAUAUUUAUCUUACAGUAGGAAAUUGGGGAGCAGAGUUUGCUUGAAACACAAAUCACAAAUUGUCCAACGUAAAUGAUAACGUAC